AUGUGUUACGCGCCAAAACAGCACGACCAGCGCGUGCGGGACAUCCAGAGACAGGUGGUUCGUGUGGAGCCCCUGGUCAACAUGGGUCAGAUCACUGCUCUCCUCAACUCCCUGGGCUCGACUCUGCCUGUGCUGCCAGAACUGGACGACCUCACUGUCGGUAACUCCCUGGGCUGGACUCUGCCUGUGCUGCCAGAACUGGACGACCUCACUGUCGGAGGUCUGGUGAUGGGUACAGGUAUAGAGUCAUCCUCUCAUAUCUACGGACUCUUCCAACACAUCCGUGUUGCCUUUGAACUGGUGCUGGCUGAUGGCAGCCUGGUCCACUGCACUGAGGAAGAUAACUCUGACCUGUUCCACGCAGUUCCAUGGUCCUGUGGAACUCUGGGGUUCCUGGUUGCUACAGAGAUAAAGAUCGUCCCGGCAAGGUAUUGGGUUCGUCGGCAGUAUGAGCCAAUCAGAGGGCUGGAGAACAUCUGCCGUCGUUUCAGUGAGGCGUCUGAGGACAAGAACAACACAUUUGUAGAAGGACUGCAGUACUCACUUGACAAAGUUGUUAUCAUGACUGGCACUAUGACUGACACGGCUGAACCCGACAAGAUCAACAGGAUCAGCCUGCACUAUAAGCCCUGGUUCUUCAAGCACGUUGAGAGAUACCUGACAGAGAACAACACAGCAGUGGAGUACAUCCCUCUACGCCACUACUACCACAGACACACACAAUCCAUCUUCUGGGAGCUCCAGGACAUCAUCCCGUUUGGUAACCACCCAGUGUCCCCGUGUUCCGGUGGAUGGUGUACCCUCUGGUUGUGUCCGUUCGUGCUCCCCCUGGCCCGGGGGAUGGUUCAUCCUAAAGGUGAGGAGGCAGAGCUGUACGUGGACAUCGGAGUGUUCCAGAUGCUGUAUGCAGAUGAGUACAUGGAGCGUAGUGAGUUCUGGGUAAUGUUUGUCGGGAUGUUAAUAUCACCGGAGCUGGGCUGUCGGGACGCUUUCCCUGAGGUAUACGACAAGAUCUGCAAAGCUGCACGACACUGA